GAAAUGAUAACAAGUAAAGGUUAUCCAUGUGAAGAUCAUAAAGUUAUAACAGAAGAUGGUUAUAUAUUAACAAUGCAGAGAAUACCACAUGGUCGUAAUACUAAUUCGUCUACAGGUGAUAGACCAGUGGUUAUUCUUCAGCAUGGUCUACUAGGAGAAAGCACGAACUACUUGGAUAAUUUAGCCAAUGAAAGUUUAGCUUAUGUCUUAGCUGAUGCAGGAGCUGACGUGUGGUUGUCUAACAGUAGAGGAAAUACCUACUCACGUGCCCACACUCAUCUGAAACCUUCACAGGUGGUUUUCUGGGAUUGGAGUUUUGAUGAAAUGGCAAGAUUUGAUUUACCAGCUGUAGUUGACUAUGUUUUAGCAAAGUCUGGACAAAGUCAAGUAAUAUAUGUCGGUCAUUCUCAGGGAACAACGAUUGGUUUUGCUGGGUUUAGCCAAAAUCAAACCCUUGCAAGUAAAAUCAAACUGUUUGUAGCUUUAGCACCAGUAGCUAAAGUUGCUCACAUCAGAGGUCCAUAUAAGCUAGUUGGUCCAUAUGCUUAUGAUUUGGAGUUCUUAACCAAUUUGUUUGGUUUAGGUCAAUUUCAACCUACGACGGAAUUUGAUAAAUUAAUGGCGACAGACGUAUGUCCGCAUGUCACACAAUUAUGUACAAAUCUAUUUUUUCUCCAUAGAGGUUCUUCAUUCCAUUCCCUGAAUCAAUCAAGAAUUCCCGUUUAUGUGGCGCAUAAUCCUGCAGGAACUUCAGCCAAGAACAUGGUCCAUUUUGCCCAGGCUAUCAAAACAGACACGUUUCAGAAAUAUGAUUACAGAUCAGGAGAAAAGAAUAUUUUACAUUAUGGACAGCCAACCCCACCCGCAUAUCACCCAGAGAACAUGACUGUACCGGUGGCUGUAUUCAGAGGUGGUGACGAUUGGUUAGCUGACCCACAAGAUAUCGAAUGGUUGCUUCCUAAAUUACAGAACCUGAUUUAUGACAAAAACAUUGACCAUUGGGAGCACAUAGACUUUAUAUUUGGACUUGAUGCCCCGGAACUUUGUUACAGUGUAAUUGUAGAUCUCAUUUUCAACAAAAACAGUACAUUGCUAACAAAUCAAUCAAACAGGAAUAAUACGAUAUCAGUGCCAUGAGCAGAAAUUGACAAUGGUGGGAUG